AAUUCGAUGAGCAGGCGGAAGCGAAGGGUUCUAUUCACUCAGCAGCAGGUGAAUGAGCUAGAAAGGCAAUUCCGACACAAAAAGUACUUAAGUGCACAGGAUCGUGAGCUCCUGGCAAAGAACAUCGGUCUGUCGCCCACUCAGGUGAAGAUCUGGUUUCAAAACCAGCGAUACAAGCAUAAACGACAAGACAAGGAACGGGCGAUGAGCAAAGGGGGUGGCAGAGAAAAUAGCGAAUCCCCUGGAAGUCAUGAAGACAGCGAUGGCGAGCAGACAGCCGAGAGCAUCAAAUCGGAGAAAAUUGACGUCGAAGAAAAGCCUUCAGCGUUCCCAUCACCAGCCGUCAACGACACCUCAUGCCUGCCCGACAUCAAUAAUCCGAUUUAUCAGCAGGUGUGUGAAGAUACGCCCGUCAAUUCCGAAUUACCUUACCAGCCACCUCCUUCUGGAAAGCCUAGUUAUCGGUUGUAA